CCCUUCUAUUUAAUUUUGUAGCGGUCUGGUAUCGCUGACCAAAUCAGCUGCCGGUUUGUUAUUCAACCAAUUGGAGAUUUAGAAAUCCUCUAAACUAUGGAUUUUCUGACAAAAGUGUGGGCCAAAGAAGCGCCCACGCCUAUAGAUAUUGAAACGCCCACUGACACAAAGGCAAAGCCACCAACUCCACCCGUCGUUGCAAUCGAUUCCCAGGAUGUUCAGGACGCCAACCGCUCCAACGACCAAACGCCCAGCAAUGAGAGUAAGGAUUGGGGCUAUGAUCUGUAUCCGGAGCGACGCGGCGUAACCUUCAAGCCCAAGUGGACACGCAUCCUCUUUGGUAUGGAAGGUCAGGAGAACAUUGAUCGCUAUAAGUGUGAACAGAAUGUCUAUUGGUGUGUGAAGAACGGUCCACUGGUCAAACUAAUGAUGGGAGCACUGAAGAGUUCCGGGUGCCCCAUCGACCUGCGUCGGCACAUCUCCUGCGAGGUGUGUGAUCCCUCCGUGACUGGUGGCUACGAUCCAAAGUUGAAUCAGAUUGUGGUCUGCCAGAAUAUGGCCAAGAACAAAAGCAUGGUGCAUGGCGUGCUUACGCAUGAAAUGAUACACAUGUUCGAUUACUGCAACAACGAUCUGGACUUCCGAAAUGUAGAUCACCUGGCGUGUACGGAGAUCCGAGCGGCCAAUCUGGCCCAUUGCUCUUUUUUGAGUGCCAUGUUCCAGGGCGAUGCCUCACCCUUUAACGUUAAAGAGGCGCAUCAGAACUGCGUCAAGACCAAGGCCUUGGCCUCUGUGCUGGCUGUGCGGAAUAUAAGCAAAUCAGAUGCCAUUGCGGCUGUGGAGCGGGUUUUUCCCAAGUGCUAUGCGGAUCUAGAGCCCAUCGGCAGAAGAAUCCGUCGCAAUUCCACGGACCAACAGAAAGCCUACAUGGAGGGACCCAUGUACGGCUAUGACGUUUAUUGAAAUGGCUGUAAUGGAUGUGUUUGUUUUUAAUAAAACUAUGUUUUAAUCUUUAAACGUUUGGAAUAUCAUGCUGAACCAAAAUAAUUGUAUUUAUAGCGAAAUGGAUUGCCAUUAAAUGAAGUAUGUACGAUUAGCCAUGGAAAUGUACCAAGUUCAAAACAGAUAAUCGUAUAUACAUAUAGUACAUACUAUAAGGCCAAAUGUAUGACCAAAUUGUAUAUAAAACCAUUGUUGAGGGCUCUAAGGUUUAGUAAAAGUUUGUAAAUCAUAACGGCGAAGUGAUGGAGAACUGUGAAAUAAUUGGAAUGAUAUUGGAGUUCAUUGGAGACGUAUUAUUCGGCUGUAAGUUGGAGGAUAUAGGAGAAGAGGAACUGGAUAAGUAAUAUAUAAAAUCAACACUAGUAACAUUCGAUUUUCCUGAUUCGACAUACACUAAAACCAUUUCAAAACAUUACUGAAUUUCCAGCUGAAAGCAGCGAUGACGAUUACAACUCUUAGUGCGAUAGGAAUCAUUAUAAAAAUGUCCCAUAAUAAAAUGCUAAAAUGAAUAUUAUAACAUUUAUUAAAUUACUCCUAAUAAUGGUCAUCCAAAGCAUUAACCUUCAACGUUUAUCUACUAUAAAUACAAAAUCCCGCAAGUAUCCAGAAUUAUAUCAUACACCAUGGAUUGCUGUGAGCUUAUUGAAAUAUUUCUGGCUUUCCUCAACGAUUUAUUCUUCUCCGAUAUAAUAAUACCUUAUUUCUUAAAGCGGACGAGGAUUACUUUGGUGAUUACUAUUACGACUAAAAUUGAAAUUGAAUCUGAAGAACAUGAUGAAACCAAACAAAUAAAUUUGAUAUGACCACUUAAA